AUGAUCACAUUUUUCAAUGCUGUUCAUACUCUCGCUCCCGACUACACGAAUAAAUACGAUCUGAGCAAUGAGAAGGAAUUAGCACGACGCGAGAAGCGUGAUCGUAAGGCACUCACGAAACGACUGCGUGCCAGAAGGCGUGCUGAAUUGGCGAUCAUUGCAAAGCAUGAAGCAAAGCAAAAAACAAUUUCAAAUGCAAUCGAACUUUUGUUACAAAUCUUACGUAUGAUGACCUCGUUUGCGAUCCUGGUUGGUAAUAUUCGUAAAACAUUUAUUCCGGCUCAGUUCAAGUGGCUUAAGCCGGGUCGUCAUGCCUACGACAAUCCCGAAUUAAUGAUGCUGUGGAGGUGUACAGUAUUCCUUGAUGUGCUUCUAUUUUGGACAAAUGUUGUUUGGGCAUACUGUCUGCAAUGGCAUUUGUGCUGCCGCCUCGGUUUGCUGAAAUUUUGGACGUGGAUAGCAAUUUUGGUACUGGUUGGUGGUAUAUUCAUGCUUCUUCCAAUGUCGCAUGUACAAGAUAAUCUUGACAUAAGCUGGUGCCGUUUCACGCCGAACAGUACCCUUUCACGUUAUCAGCCGAAUUGGUAA